AUGGCGUCGACGCCCCUGACGGCCCGGCGGGAGGACGACGACGGCAGCGUGCGCCAGAUCAACCAGUACACGCUCGAGAAGAAGCUGGGGCGGGGCUCCUUCGCCGAGGUCUACCUCGCCAAGUCGGCGGACCUCGCCGCGCCCGUGGCCUGCAAGGUCUUCAACAAGUCCCUCCUGCGGCGCAAGCGCACCAUGGCGAGGACGGCCGACGGCGUCAAGGUCACGACGGAGCUGGACAAGGUGCAGACGGAGAUCGCGAUCAUGAAGAAGCUCGAGCACAACCGUCUCGUGCGGCUCUACGAGGUCGUCGACGACGACGAGUGCGACGCGCUCUACAUGUUCAUGGAGCACGUCGAGAAGGGCCCCGUCAUGGUCCACGACCCCUCGACGAACACGUUCGCGGCGGCCGCGACGGGCGGGCCGUGCGGCGGGCCGCUCGCGGCCGCGUACCUCCUGGACGUCGCGUCGGGCCUGGGCUACCUCCACCUCCACGGCAUCGCGCACCGCGACCUCAAGCCGGACAACGUGCUCCUGGGCCACGACGGCUUCUGCAAGAUCGCGGACUUUGGCGUCGCGCACGUCUUCGACGAGCAGCCCGCGGGCGAGCCCCAGAAGAGCCUGUGGUCCCUCGAGCGGUCCCACUCCGUCGCGCAGACGGGCGAGACCCAGGGCACCUACUCCUUCUGGUCGCCGGAGAUGGUCGAGGGCGAGGGCGGCAAGUUCAACGCGUACAGCUGCGACUGCUGGGCCGCCGGCGUCUGCUUCUACAUCUUCCUCACGGGCCGCCUGCCCUUCUACGCCGAGGAGGUCAUGGACCUCUUCGGCGCCAUCGAGGCCGCGGCGCCGGACAUCCCGGCGGACCUCCCCGACGGCGCGAAGCGCGUGCUGGCGGGGCUCAUGGAGAAGGACGUCGACAAGCGCCUCACGGUUCCGCAACUCGAGGCCGACGAGUGGCUCGCGGGCGUCGCCGCCGCGCGGCAGGAGGAAACGGACCAGGGCAAGGCGCCCCACUCCAUGCUCGCCCGCCUCAGCGUGUCCGCCCACGACGUCGCCGCGGCCCUGUCGCCCGUCAAGGCGAAGAAGCACACCACGCUUCCGCUGCUCCACAGCUUCAACAUGGCCCAGGCGCGCGAGCUGGCGAUGUCGUCGAGCCAGACGACCAUGGGUGCCUGGGGCGACGACGAGGAUGACGACGACGCGCUGCCGCCGCGCACGGAGACCAAGGUCAACGCCGCGGGCUUCAAGACCGUCGUCGAGUGGAGUUUGAACACGGCCGGCCAAAAGAUGAAGAAGACGACGGAGGUCUUCGUCAAGACCGUGGAGACGCGCGAGGCCAAGUGCGUCGCCGGGCGCGUGGCGCGCCUCAAGGCGAACAAGUUCGGCCAGGCCAAGGGUAGCCAGGACGACAGCAACGUGACCAUCGUCGCGCACAACGAGGAGCGCGUGACGAUGGAGGUCGCCGAGUCCGAGGACGCGACGCAGCAGGCCGCCAAGGCGUCCAUGAACGAGUUCGCGCGGAAGCAGAUGUGGCGCAAGCUCCAGCAGAAGUACGGCAUGGAGGAGGAGGGCAAGAUGCCGCCCGGCGCGGAGGGCGACAUCGCCGCGGCGAUGGGCGCGGCGUCGGGCGACGCGCGCGCGGGCGGCGGCAAGUCGACCUACGUGCCCCCGUCCAUGCGCGGCCAGGCCGGCGCGGGCGUCGCCGGCUCGGCCAUCGCGCGCAUGGCCCAGUUCGACGACCGCGACCAGGCGAGCUUGCGCGUGACGAACAUCUCGGAGGACACGUGCGAGGCGGAUCUGCAGGUGCUCUUCGCGCCCUACGGCCGCAUCGCGCGCAUCUACCUCGCCAAGGACCGCGAGACCAUGGUCUCCCGCGGCUUCGCCUUCGUGUCCUACAUCCACCGCCAGGACGCGGAGCGCGCGAUGGCCGCGCUGCAGGGCCACGGCUACGACCACCUCAUCCUCAAGAUCGAGUGGGCCAAGCCGAGCGUGCCCAAGCCCGACGCCGAGGGCGGCCUCUCCGGCGGCUUCACGUCCGGCUACGGCAAGGCCCUCGCCCAGGACACGAAGGAGCGCGUCUCCUACGCGUCCAACCUCACGCAGAACCGCUAGGCGGGCGCCGCGCCCCCGGGCGGUAACGCGAGUCGAGACG